AGAUGUGGUUCUCUGAGUGCCUUCACUUAUCCAUGCUUUCCACUUCAAUUCAAACGAAAUGGAGCUGCGUGUUCUUCACUUGCAAGAUCGUUUCCUGUGUGUCAAUCUCCAUUUAGACCAAGAAGUACACGGGAACAGAUAAACAUAAUAUCUUCUCAUAUUGACCUGUCUCAAGUUUAUAGCAACGAUUUGAAGGUUCACAAACAAUUAAGAAGAUUAGAUGGAUCUGGAUUACUCAGAGUAACCUCGACAAAUUUAAUGCCAAUACGAUUGCCAGCAACAGAUCCAGAAUGUGGGAACCCAGGUGGUUGUUCUUUGGUGGGUGACGAUAGAGGUGACGAGAAUAUUGUUCUCCACUCUCUUCACACAAUCUUUGUCCGAAAUCACAACUACAUUGUUAAGCAGCUCAAAAAGCUGACAAGAUCUUGGAGUGAAACAUUUCUUUUCGAAACAGCAAGAAAAAUCAACAUCGCUAUUUGUCAACGUAUCGUUUACAAUGAAUUCUUACCAAGUCUUGUCGAUUUAAACACUUACCGUGGAUACAACCAAUAUACUGAUCCUAGUAUUCUUAACGUAUUCUCCACAGCAGCUUUCAGAUUUGGUCACAGUUUGGUACCAAACGCCUGGGCCCAACUUAACAAUAACUUUGACAAGGCUUUUGACGACAUUUCGCUUCAAGCUUCAUUUGAAAAUACUGUUCCUAUUCGACAACGUGGCAUCGAAUCAACAACCUUUGGCUUACUGGCCAAUCAAUCACAACCAGUAGAUACAAGUUUCGCCUUUGGCAUCGUAAGAAGACUAUUUGUUCCUUUGGGAGAAAAUAGACGAGAAGAUCUGACAGCUUUGAACAUACAGAGGGGACGGGAUCAUGGAUUACAGACAUAUGGGGCUUGGAGAAGAAGAUGUAACUUACCAGCCAUCAGUUCAUUUUCCCAAUUGUUAGGUACCAUGCCGUCAAACGUGGUAUUGAAUUUCCAGAAAGUAUACAACAAUCCUAAUGACAUCGACAUCUUUGCUGCUGGUAUUGCGGAGAAUCCAACAAAUGGAAAAAUGCUUGGUCCCACAUUUCAAUGUAUCCAGAAAAUCCAAUUUGAGCGAUUUAGAGAUGGUGAUCGAUUUUGGUAUGAAAAUCCUGGUGUUUUCACCUCUGCUCAAUUGAGAGAAAUCAGGAAGAUGACACUGUCAAAGGUUUUAUGCAACACACUGAAUGGGAUUGUAUCCAUCCAGCCUUGGGCGUUACAAGCUGUUACUUCUUCCACGGUACGAAAAACAUGUGGUAGUAUACCAGAUAUGGAUGUUUCCCCUUGGUUAUAUUCUAGAUACUAACAAUGAUAAUUAAUAAUUUAUUCCCUUCAUUUUAUUUUGUCAUAUUUUUAAGGUCGGUAGUUCUUAAGGUGAAUCUGUAUUAUAUUAUAAAAUGAUAGAAACGUGUAAAAGCUGUGCCCGGAAUAUGGAUGUUUUUCCUUAGUUAUAUUCUAGACACUAACUAUGAUAUUUGAUAAUUUAUUUAUUUAUUCUUUAUUUUCUUGCUUGUCCUAAUAUUUUCAUGU